CUCAUCACCGGCGCCGGCAGCGGCCUGGGCCGCCUCUUCGCGCUCGAGUUCGCCCGGCGCCGGGCGCUGCUGGUGCUCUGGGACAUCAACACGCAGAGCAACGAGGAGACGGCGGGCAUGGUGCGCCACAUCUACCGCGACCUGGAGGCUGCCGACGCCGCCGCGCUGCAAGCUGGAAAUGGCGAGGAAGAGAUCCUGCCCCACUGUAACUUGCAGGUGUUUACCUACACCUGCGAUGUGGGGAAGAGAGAGAAUGUCUACCUGACGGCCGAAAGGGUCCGCAAGGAAGUUGGCGAAGUCUCGGUCCUGGUCAAUAAUGCCGGUGUGGUCUCUGGACACCACCUUCUGGAAUGUCCUGAUGAGCUCAUUGAGAGAACCAUGAUGGUCAAUUGCCACGCACACUUCUGGACCACCAAGGCUUUUCUUCCCACAAUGCUGGAGAUUAAUCAUGGCCACAUUGUGACAGUGGCAAGCUCCUUGGGAUUGUUCAGUACUGCUGGAGUGGAGGAUUACUGUGCCAGUAAAUUUGGAGUGGUGGGUUUUCAUGAGUCUCUGAGCCAUGAACUGAAGGCUGCUGAAAAGGAUGGCAUCAAAACAACAUUGGUUUGCCCUUACCUUGUGGACACCGGCAUGUUCAGGGGCUGCCGAAUCAGGAAAGAAAUCGAGCCUUUCCUGCCCCCUCUGAAGCCGGAUUACUGUGUGAAGCAGGCCAUGCAGGCCAUCCUCACUGACCAGCCCAUGAUCUGCACCCCUCGGCUCAUGUACAUCGUGACCUUCAUGAAGAGCAUCCUCCCUUUUGAAGCAGUCGUGUGUAUGUAUCGGUUCCUAGGAGCGGACAAGUGUAUGUACCCCUUUAUUGCUCAGAGAAAACAAGCCACAAAUAAUAAUGAAGCAAAAAACGGAAUCUAAGAAUCUUUUUGUACGGAAUAUCAUUUGUAUCAGAAGAUCAAGAUGUUUCUGUCCGAUGCUCAUCAGCAUUACUGACAUCCUCCGGAGUCUAAGUCCAUAAUGACUUUUUUUUUUAAUCAACUUUUUCAAAAAAAAUAAAGUGUGACUAGAGUAACUAGGAAGAUGUGAUCAACAGGAUUCCGUUAGAGAGCCAGUCCAAUCGUCAGACAGGCGCCGCGGGGUAUCUUCAGACUACCACCGCGGUUUUGAUGAGGAACGGGAGUCUAGAGAACACCAGUGUGUCUCGAGUGCGUCGCCUUUCCUAAUUCUCGUAGUGUGUAUUAACCCUUAUCAGUAGACUCUAGCCAGUUGACAUCCUUGCAAUUUCAAGGACUAUAACAGUGCUGUAUCUCCUCACGUUUCCCAAGUCUCCGGUUUGCAAACCUGACGUGCCUCCUCUUCAUGACAUUUGUGUGUUCAGCUCUAUUAGAAGGAGGUUUCACAAUCCCAGUGGAUUCGAGGUCAAUGACAUUUGAGUUUUAGUCAAGGUGAUCAGGUUUCUUUUUUUAAAAAGUAAUGAAUCAUCAUCAGCUGAUUUUCCGUUUUAAUCUUUGAAAUAUUUCAUUAUGUAUCAAUUACUCUGGAGACCUAGUUCUCCCCCAAAACCAUGCAUAGUUCUACCUAUGAAUUUUGCUGCAUACAGAAAGUGCCCUUUCCUCAGGAGGCUGCUGUGUCUCACUUCUUCGGAUGGACUUUUACCUAGUGUUCAUAGCAGCUCCGCCAAGAGUUUAUAAAAAUGGGACCUUCUACCUAGAAAAGUCUCCAUUUUUUGUGCCAACAUUGAUUAGUGAGGGAGGGUGGGGAUCAUAGUCUAUGGAGUGUGUAUGGAAGGGUGUAAAGAUUCUCUUGAAAGUUUUGUUCACAUUGUAGGACAGCAAAUGAGAUUUUUACAGUAUUUUUUUGUAAAGCAAACUAUUUUGUGCCUUGAAUUUGGUAUGUGUAUUAGUGAAGCAUUGUAAAAGUGAACUUCUACCUCUGUAUCUAAAUGUAUACCAUCCAUUUGUAAAUUACUAUAAACUAUUAUGUGAUUGCUUUUUUUUAGAAUGUCUUGUUUAAAUAGUGACCAAUGUUUAAGGCUAUAAAAAUAAGCCAACUUUUACUAAUUAAUUGGGGAGUUUUAUAAAGGACUGAUUAAAUUUUAAAAAUUAACUUACA